GAGCGAUUGAGACAGGUUUCUAGUCUCUACUGCGGCCUACCGUGGAACUGUUAGUGUAUGUAUUAUCGACAGAGAGCUAACUAGCUAGCUAUGUCUAAUUUCUUCUCAUUUCUUUGACGGAUAUUUCACACGGACCUGGAGUGAUUCUGAAGUUUCUUGCCCAGAAAAACGGGCCUUCAAGAAGACCAGGACAUAGUUUAAGUGAAAGGUCAUGGCUUUCUCCAACUACAGCAGUCUGAACAGAGCUCAGCUUACCUUUGAGUAUCUUCACACCAACUCGACGACACACGAGUUCCUGUUUGGAGCACUGGCUGAGCUCGUGGACAACUCCAGGGAUGCCAAUGCCACCCGAAUUGACAUCUAUACAGAAAAAAAAGCCGACACACGGGGAGGCUACAUGCUCUGUUUCCUUGACGAUGGCACUGGAAUGGACCCGAACGAGGCGACUCACGUCAUCCAGUUUGGAAAGUCCAGCAAGCGCUUUCCAGAGUCCACUCACAUCGGCCAGUACGGAAACGGACUGAAAUCGGGCUCCAUGAGAAUUGGGAAGGACUUCAUUUUGUUCACCAAGAAGGACAACACAAUUUCCUGCCUGUUCCUGUCCAGAACGUUCCAUGAGGAGGAAGGGCUGGAUGAGGUGAUCGUCCCUUUGCCCACCUGGGACCUGAGGACCCGGAUGCCCAUCACUGCCGACAUGGAGAAGUUCACUGUGGAGACGGGACUCAUCUAUAAGUACUCCCCCUUUAAAAACGAACAACAGCUGAUGGAGCAGUUUAACAAGAUCGAGAGCAGCAGUGGGACCCUGGUGAUCAUCUACAACUUGAAGCUGAUGGACAACAGAGAGCCUGAGCUGGACGUGGAGACAGACCACCAGGACAUCCUGAUGGCUGGGACUCUCUCAGAGGGCGUGAAGCCAGAGCGCCGGUCGUUCCGAGCGUACGCCGCCAUUCUGUACAUCGACCCUCGCAUGAGGAUCUUCAUCCAGGGACACAAAGUGAGGACCAAGAGGAUGUCCUGCUGUCUGUACAAACCCAGGGUGUACAAGUACACGUCGACCCGCUUCAAAACCCGCGCUGAGCAGGAAGUGAAGAAGGCCGAUCACCUCGCCAAGAUCGCGGAGGAGAAGGCUCGCGAAGCGGAGAGCCAGAGUUUAGCAGUUGAAGCCAAAUUGGGAGGUGACCUGUCCAAGGAUGCACGAGCCUCUCUGAGGAAGGCCCAGGACUCCGCCAUGAUGCUGCGCCGCGACGCAGACAUGAAGAAGAAGAUCCUGGAGUCCAAACAAAGGGCGCUGAAGGAGCCCAAGGAGCUGAACUUCAUCUUCGGCGUGAACAUCGACCAGCGGGACCUGGACGGCAUGUUCGUGUACAACUGCUCCCGCCUCAUCAAGAUGUACGAGAAGACGGGACCCCAGCUGGAGGGCGGCAUGGCGUGUGGGGGCGUGGUGGGCGUGGUGGACGUGCCCUACGUGGUGCUGGAGCCCACUCACAACAAGCAGGACUUUGCGGACGCUAAAGAAUACAGGCAUCUUCUGAAAGCCAUGGGAGAACAUCUCGCCCAGUACUGGAAGGACAGCAACAUCGCUCAGAAGGGCAUCGUGAAGUUCUGGGAUGAGUUUGGCUACCUGUCAGCCAGCUGGUCAGCUCCGCCCUCCUCAGAGCAGCGCUACAAGAGGCGACGGGCCAUGGAGAUUCCCCUCACCAUACAGUGUGAUAAGUGUUUAAAGUGGAGGACGCUGCCGUUCCAGAUGGAUGCUGUGGACAGACGCUACCCCGACAGCUGGGUGUGUCUGAUGAACCCAGACAGCACCCAGGACAGGUGUGACGCGGCAGAGCAGAAGCAGAACCUGCCCUGUGGGGCUCUCAGGAAGGUGGUGCAGACGGCCGAGGACAAACAGAAGGAGCUGGCAGAGAAGAUCAGACUGCAGCAGGAGAAGUUGCAGGCCCUGCAGAAAACCAGCACCAUCAAAUCGUCCGCAGACCUGAAGAAGCUCCCUCUGGACGUCAGCAUGAGACCUGCCUCCGAGGGCUCUCCUCAGGCCACCAGGUCGUCUGAGAGAGUCCUCACCCGGCCUCGCUCCCCUCCUCUCCCCUUCCACCUCAAAAACGCUCCCAGCAUCCCGCCCCCGGUCACCCGGACGCCCGCUGUCUCGGCCCGGUCGCCACGAACAUCCGCACCUCCUCCGGCACCCAAAGUCGAACAAUCCCGAGCCAGAGCUGCAGCUAAGACGCUGCCACCUGGAGCAAAGCCCGCCCCUAAAGCCCCAGCCAAAGCACCAGCUAAAACUCCCCCAGCCAGCCGGAACUCUCGGACACCAACCAAGCCGUCAACCGCCAGAACCUCCGCUCUGGGCAACACACGCAAGAGAGUGGUGGAGGAAGAUGAGAGUGAGGAGGAAGACGAGGAAGAACAGGAGGAGGAGGAGGAGGAGAAGGAGGAAGACAGUGAAGAGGAGAGCGAGGAGGAAAUACUGCCCAGGAAAUCCAAGAUGGCCACCGCCGCAGGGAGCCGAGGAAAAGCUGUGGAAAAGGCCACUCCUGCCAAGAGGGGCAAAGUGAAUGAGCCUGGAAAGAGGGGCGUGAACGCCACGGCAACACGGCCACCCCCCGCCACCCCGCCCUCAGCCAGCAAAGCCACACCCGCCUCCACCCCUAAACCCGCCCCCUCCGCGCAAGCCGGGUCUAAAACCAAGGUAUCCGAUGACGACCACGAUAACGACCCUGAGAAGGACUUGAAGAACACUCAGAAAGACAAGGGUCUGCUGGUGGAAGUUCGCGUCAACAAGGAAUGGUACACUGGGAAAGUGGUUGCCGUGGAGACAAACAAACAGAGCGUGCGCUGGAAGGUGAAGUUUGACUACGUCCCCAGGUCCACCCCGAAAGACCGCUGGGUGUUUAAAGGCAGCGAGGAUGUAAGGUUGAUGAGGCCCCCUUCCCCAAUCACACAGACACCAGACACACAGCAGGGGGCGGAGCCAGAGAAAGGCCCUUCCCCCAUGGAGCCAGACACCACCCAACCAGGAACCAGUCGAGAGGUGACUGAGAGCCUGGUCACCAUGAUGAGGACACUGCUGCGGUAUUUCUUCCCUCCUGACUUCCGGAUCCCCAAGGACGACGUCAACAGCAUGACAGCCGAGGAGCUGGUGGCCUUUCCCAUGAAGGAGUACUUCCAGCAGUACGAGCUGGGCCUGCAGGCGCUGUGUAACUCGUACCAGAACCGUGCGGACGCCAGGGCCAAGGCAGUGGAGGAGAAGAGCAGCAGCGCCGAGACCAAGCUGAAGGAGGCGGACGAGAAGCUGCAGAAGCUGCGGACCAACAUCGUGGCCCUGCUGCAGAAGGUCCAGGAGGACAUUGACAUAAACACAGACGAUGAACUGGACGCCUACAUAGAAGACCUGCUCACCAAGGGAGACUAAACCACAGAAGAGGAAAGGCCGGAGAGGAGAGAGAGGCUCCUGGACUCCUGACAGGACGAACACACGCUCUGCUCUCUCUCCCUCCUCUCACCACCAGCGCUCUGUUCGAUCGAGGGCUUGGGGUUUCAUCUUGCCAAUCCAUGCCAACGCGCUUCUGUGUUCGUGGGGCGGAGGGCAUGGUCUACACGCGCACACACGUCCUGAGCACAGGGGAACGAACCCCUCUGUUGAUUAGACUCCUGUUUGUUUUUAUAAAACUGCAGUAUUUUUCACCUUAUAUCGUUUCUGUUUAACUGGUCGUCCGUGUUCUCUCUGGGUUUGGAUGGGUUCUAGGGCAUGUUUUCAUUUUAGUCCAUUUGUAUAUCAGCUAGCAACUCUAUGUAAAAUCUAUAUUAUAUUACAGUAGGGCCAACCAGUCUUGAUUUGUUCGUGUCAAAUCUGUCCUGAAUCUGUGGGUUUGAUGCCUUUUACUGGGUCUGUUUAACAGUCUUGUGUUGACCCGUGAUUGGAAGUAUGUGUGAGAAGCAUUACUGAAGCAGUCCGUGUACUAGCACUCACCAGGUUCAUCCUUUUCUCCUCAGAGUAGUCUAUCUACCUAUUGUGUUGCUUGGGUAUCGCACUCACGAAAUGUAACUACUUACUGCGUUUUAUCAGUAUGGUUAUGUCCACACCGCCCUUGUUAUUGUGACUUGACUGUUCUCUGUGUUCGUUUUGAUCUCUUAUCGUUUUUUGAAUAAUCAUUUGUUGAGUUACCCAAAGGUCUGUGUUCAUAUUAUAUUCGGUGCCCAUGUUUCUUCUAAAAUAUAUUUUUACCAUGUCAUGGCAACAUUUUAUUGAAAGGUGCACGUAAUAUGACCUUUGUAUUACCAUUAAAGAAAAAUAAAGUAUUUUUCACUGAUCUACA